AUGAAAGAGAAAGGACAUGCAUCAGUAUUAUCUACUAUUUUUAAUUUAUCAAACACAAUAAUUGGAAGUGGGACAUUAGCUAUUCCAUUUGCAUUUCUUUAUUCUGGAUGGGGAAUAGGAUUAAUAAUGUUAGGAGUAGGAUGGAUAUUAUCAGCAAUAACAAUGAUAUUUCUAACAUUAGCGUCAAAUAAAACAAAUAAAUUUACAUAUAAAGAAAUUUCUUAUUGUGUUGGUGGGAAAUAUUUAUCUAUAGUAGUACAAUUAUCUGCAUUUUGUUAUACUACAGGAACAUGUAUUGGAUAUAUAAUUUUUCUUGGAGGAUUUGCACCAAGAUUAUUUGGAGAUUAUGAUGAUGAAUGGUAUAGUGAUAGAAGUUUAAUGAUUACUUUGAUGUCUUUAUUAAUUCUUCCUUUAACGUUUUUUAAAAAUUUAAGUGCGUUAAAGUUUACAUCAAUUAUUUCAAUUAUUUGUAUAUUUUAUACUAUGAUUACUAUUAUAGUUGAAUAUUUUACUAGAUAUAAACAACUUCAUAUUUCUGCAAAAUUUGCUAAUUUUCAAUGGUCAAUGUUUAGAGGAUUUCCAAUUAUGACUGUUGCUUUUUGUGGACAUUACAACGUAUUAAGAUUUUAUACAGAACUUUCUCAAAGAAGUACUUUUAAAAUGAGUUUUGUUCAAGUUGUAUCUACAUUGAUAGCACUUGGAACUUAUUCGUUGGUUGGAACAUUUGGGUAUUUAAGUAGAGGAAAUGAAUGUAGUGGAAAUAUUUUAGUGAAUUAUCCCUAUGAUGAUAUUCCAAUUUUAGUUGCAUGUGCUUCAUUCUGUCUUGUUAUGGCUGCUUCAUUUCCAUUAGUUCAUCACGCUGAACGAGAUUUGUUUGAUCAACUCUUUUUUGGGAUGUGGAAAGACUCUGAUAAAAGAAGGAUUUUUGAAACACUUACGUUAGUUAGUUUAAUUGUUCUUAUUGCUUUAGCAGUAAGUCAGAUUGAAGUUGUACUAGCUUAUAAUGGAGCAAUAUUUGGUGUGUUAGUAGUGUAUAUCUUUCCAAGUCUUUUUGUAUAUAAAACCCAUCAAGGAGUUAUAAAAUGGUUAGGAUUUAGUAUAAUGGUAUUGGGAGUUAUGUUGUCCAUUAUUGGAAUUGUAUUAACAUCAUUAAAUCAAGUUGGUGUGUUUAAAAAGGUCUAA